UUUUUUUCUACCGGUGAAAAGCUUGGUCGGACAGCGGGUGCCAUUUGGCGCAGAGCUCACGUUGCAACCGCUAACAAACAGCGCUCAGAUAGUUUAACGUGUUAUUGUUGGAUUUAUUUAAUACAUUUUGUCGUCGAAUAUUCAACAUGAGCGCAAUUAACGUGAAAAAGCUGAAAGUCAACGAGCUGAAGGAUGAGCUGAAAAAGCGUAAUCUUUCGGACAAGGGGCUGAAGGCUGAGCUGAUGGACCGCCUGCAGGCCGCGCUGGACGAGGAGGCCAUUGCCGGAGACCCCGCCGUGGAACCAGAACCCGCGGCGGAGGAAGGUUUCGCCCAGGCCGCCGAUCAGGAAGGCAUGGGGGAGGAGGAGGAGGGCGAGGGCGAGGGCCCGGUCGAGGAAAGCAUGGAGGCGAACGAAGAUCCAGAGGAGCCGCAGAAUGGGGGCGACGGCGAUGGCGUUGCCGAGGACGAAGAGAUGGGAGAGGGGGAAGAAGACGCGGACGCGGACGAGGAUGACGACAUGGACCCCAUGCUAAAGGGAGAUGUGGACGACAUGGAGAAAAUCGAAGCAGAGGAUGGUGAGCCCGCGGACCAGGCUGCUGAGGGAGAUGCGGACAAAGACACGAAUGCUGAUCAGAAGAAUAAGAAGGGUGUUAAGAGACGCCGGGAGGAACAUGGAAGGGGCUACUUUGAAUUUAUUGAAGAGAACAAAUACAGCUGGGCCUCUUUUAAGUCUCCUGUCCCACCUUUGGAGGAAGAAGAUGAGGAGUUUGAUGACACAAAGGUUUGCCUUGACACCUACAACUGCGACCUGCACUUCAAGGUGUCACGGGAUCGUUACAGUGCCUCAUCUCUUACAAUGGAAAGCUUUGCUUAUCUGUGGUCUGGAGGAAAGGGUACCUAUGGUGUAAAAAGUGGCAAAGCUUGCUUCGAAAUGAAGAUUACAGAGAAAAUUCCUGUAAAGCACAUUUCAAGCAAGAACAUGGAAAUCCAUGAUGUGCAGGUUGGCUGGUCCCUGGCUACUGGCACACUGCUACUGGGUGAGGAGGAACACUCUUAUGCCUACUCUGGAAAAGGCAAGAAAACCAUUAAUUGUGUGACAGAGGACUUUGGAGAAACCUAUGAGGAGAAUGAUGUUGUCUGCUGCCUCAUUGAUUUUGAAGGUGAUGAGGUGAUGAUUUCAUUCUCCAAAAAUGGCGGGGAGCCAGCCCUGGCUUUCCAGUUUAACAAGGACACUUUGCAUGGCCAGGCCCUUUUCCCCCACGUCAUCUGCCACAACUGUGCCGUAGAGUUUAACUUUGGUCAGAUGGAAACUCCAUAUUUCCCUCAGCCCCAGGGCUACACCUUCCUGCAGCAGAUUCCAGUCGACGAGCGAGUCCGUGGGUUAAAGGGACCCCAGACCAAGGCUGACUGUGAGAUCAUUGUGAUGGUGGGUCUCCCAGGUUCAGGGAAGACUACAUGGCUGAAAAAGCAUGUCCAGGAGAACCCUGGCAAAUACUACAUCUUGGGCAGUGACACCAUAGUAGAGAAAAUGAUGAUCGGCAGCCUGAAACGACAGUCAAAGGACAUUACAAAACUGACUGCAAUCUCCCAGCGUGCGCCACUUUUCCUGGGAAAGUUUAUUGAGAUUGCUGCACGCAAGAAAAGAAAUUACAUACUAGAUCAUACUAACCUGUCUGCGCCUGGCCAGAAGAGGAAGAUGUGUUUGUUCGCAGGCUUCCAGCGUAAAGCUGUGGUGGUCUUCCCCUCCGAUGAUGACUUUAAGCAGAGGGUCCAGAAGAAGGUUGAGAGCGAUGGCAAAGAAGUGCCUGAGCAUGCUGUCCUGAAAAUGAAAGGUUUUUAUGCUCUACCUGAGGAGGGAGAGAGCUUUAAUGAGGUCAUCUUUGCCGAGCUGCAGAGAGACGAAGCUGCCAAGCUGCUGGAACAGUACAAAGAGGAGAGCAAGACCGCGUUGCCUGCUGAGAAGAAACCCAACCAGGGAAGCACAGCACCUAAGAGAGGCGGUGGUCCACGCGGUGGUGGACGCGGGUCCAAGAAUCAGUUUGGCCGUGGCAGCGGGCCUGGCCAGAGAGGUGGUGGCCGUGGAGGCUACCAGAACAGAGGCAACUUCAGAGGAGCUCCUGGCCAUCGUGGUGGCUUCAACCGUCCACCUCGUGGUUUCCUGCCUCCCCCAGCCUUCAGAGGAGGAUUCCCCAACCGUGGGAAUUUCAGCCGAGGUGGCGGCCCUAUUCCCAGCCUUGGUGGCUCUCCUAGAGGUGGACCAAUGAGGGGAAACAUGGGACACAGAGGGGGACACAUGAACAGAGGUGGCCCAGGGAACAGAGGGAACAUGAACCGAGGUGGGGGAGGCAACAUGAACCGUGGUGGAAACAGGGGACAUCCCAACCAGUUUCAGCAGAGAGGUGGUAACCGUGGCAACUUUGGCAACAAGAAUGGUAACUUUGGUAACAACAGGAACAGCGGCAACUUUGGGAACAGGAACGGCAUGGACAAAGCCCAAGCUUUCAACCAGAGCUGGCAGCAAGGGUUCUGGAACCAGAAGCCGUGGAGCCAGCAGUAUCAGCCCGGAUAUUAUUAAGACUCGUUCUAAAGGACUGGUGGUCGAUACCGAGACCCACCACUGAGCCACGGAACAUCCUGCUCUGAGUUUUGCUUUUUGUGUUUUAUUUUUAUUUUUUUUUUUUCUAAAACCCACUUUUUAAUCAUCAAAAAGCCACCAGGUGAAAACGAGGCUAAAGUUAUAUGGAGCAACAACAUUCCAUAUCGGAGCAUAUCAGGCAACCAGAGUGUAACUGAAGAUUUAUAUAAAUAUCUGUAUGCACAUGUACAACGUGGGUUUAGUCCAAUUCGAUUGUUUUUUUUCCUUUCGUUGUAUAUUUUAUGAUUUUUGCCACUUUUAAAUAAUGUGCUUUUAAAAAAACAUUUGUUUAUACUCAGCAACAUUUUGCCACCUGUGGCAGAUGUAUUUUUUCUCCCCAGGGUUGUGUAUUUUACCUGUGCUGUGAUUUUUCUUUUGUUAGCUUUUUUUUUUUUUUUUUUAUCACAAAUUGUAAAUAUUUUUGUUUUUGCAUAGUUUGUAUCAGAAAAUUUAAGAAACAGUAAUGAUCAAUAGAUACUCUUGCUUCUUGGCAGGAAGCACGAUGGCUGGUUAUAUUUCAACUAUAAAUAUCAAUAGCGUCCAUUAAGUGAAGCAGCAGAUGAAUUACAGCAAGUUUUUUGUCUUUUGUUCACACCAACUGUAACCUAGACUCCAUAGACUCCAAUAAACAAGUCGUUCGCUUUUUUUUUUGCAUUGUUCCUGGUUCAUGGCUUUUGAUUGAGUUCAAAGGUGUGUAAAAGACCUUUGUGUAGGCGUUUGCCUCGUUUGCUGCUUCAAACAAUAUGGACAUCACUCCAGCACUCAGUUUACACCCUAUUAGUCAAUUAGCCCGUCUAUUAUCAUUUGCAAUCAUUUAGCUAUUCUAAUGUGUGGGUCCUUUCAAGAACAUAUGUGUCCAGGCCAUUUUAAGGAUCUAAGUAAGCCCGUCUUAGUACUUUAUGCCUCUUAAGUCCUUUCCUUCUAUUUAUAUUGUUCGUUGGGACACUACGCUUGAUUCUCAGGAAAAGUGUAGCUUCUAGAUUGUCUUGAGCAGUUCCUGUAGUGCAGUAGACUUCUGAAAAACACAGCUAGCACUGAUAAGGUCAUUACAAACCAGAGCAUAUUUUGAAUGUUUUUAUUUUCUUUUGUUCCUUAACUCCACAAUUUUAAAACAUUUCCGGUUGAUGGUAGUUGGGCAAAUAAAACAAAAGUGGUUGGAGGCUGUAAAGUUGCUCAUCUUCACCAGCAAACCUAAAGGGCUACACAGUGUCACAACACAUCCACACAACUGACAGAUCAAGACUCCAGAACUAGGGGAGAGUGUGAGAGUACUUUUUUCAACAUAUAUAUAUAUAUAUAUAUCUAAAGCCCUAACUCUAAACACCUGAGUUGACAUUGGUGACUGUGUGGCCCAGCAAUAAUGGCAGCUCCUCAUUGAAACCAUUCACCUGCCAGAGGACACCCGGCUUGUGUCCAGCACCGCAACGAUCAGACUAAACCCAGUGGUGUGUGUCCAUUUCCUUCCUCUUUGAUCUGCCCACGUUAAUAUUGAAUAAACGUGUAAAUACUAUUUCAACCAUGCACGAUUGUCCAUUAAUGAAACUUUUGAGUAAUACCUGUAUUGUGAUAAUGCCAGUGUUAGUUUGCCAGAGUACUGCUGUGUGAUGAAUUGUCAGUUGUAUUUAAAUGUUUGGAGAGUUUGCUCCCUCCUGUUGUAUUGUACUGGAUCCAUACAUCUAGCAGAAUGCAAGCUUUACAACAUAACCUAUAAUAUUACAGACACUAUAUUUUUACUGCUUUUCCGUUGCCAUAUCGGGUCUUUUAUUAAUAAACCAACUGCGCAGAGGCUUGAGACUUUUUCAGAUCUGUUGUCUUUUCUAUACGACAGUUUUGAUAUUUGUGUUGAGGAAUUCUGGGAUUGUGUUUUCUUUUGAAAUGUGUCACAUCUCUAUUAAAGUUAAAGAAGCUGGUA